AUGCGCGCACAUGAUUUUGCCUCCGGCCUGCCCAUUGCAUCACUGUUGCCUGACGUGGUCACGUCUCUGCGCUCGGAGCCCAACCUGGUGCUCGAGGCGCCGCCGGGCGCCGGAAAGUCCACCGCCGUGCCGCUGGCUCUCCUCCGUGACGGUGACUUUGCAGACGGCAUCAUCAUGGUGCUCGAGCCGCGGCGCGUCGCCGCUCGGGCAGCCGCAGCGCGGAUGGCAUCGCUGCUCGGCCAGCCGCUCGGCGGCGAGGUGGGGUACCGGGUGCGGCAUGAAUCAAAGACGAGCCGCGAGACGCGGGUGCUCGUGGUGACCGAGGGCGUCCUCGUCAACAAGCUGCAGGCCGACCCGACUCUCGAAGGUGUCGCUUGCGUCAUCUUUGAUGAGUUCCACGAGCGGUCCGUCGACGCGGACCUCGCUCUGGCCCUCUGCCGCGAGGCGCAGGCGGAGCUGCGGCCAGAGCUGCGGCUGGUCGUCAUGUCGGCGACGCUGGGUGAGGCCCUCGGCCCGGCCGUCGCUGCCACACUCGGCGGCUGCCCGACCCUGACUUCGGACGGCCGCUGCUUCCCGGUCGAGCGGCGCCACCUCAGCGGAUCCCGGCCGCUCGCGCUCGCGGCGGCGGGGCACCCUCGAGAGGUGGAGGAGGCGGUGGCGGAGGCGGUGCUGAGCGCUCUCGCCGAGUCCGCGCAAGGCGACCUGCUCGUCUUUUUGCCGGGAGAGCGGGAGAUCCGAGGCGAGCAGCGGGCGGCGGUGGCGCCCGACCCGGAGGGGCGGCGGCGAGUUGUCCUCUCCACCAACCUCGCCGAAUCCUCCCUCACCAUCGAGGGCGUUCGGCUCGUCAUUGACUCGGGCUUGCGACGCGCCGCCGCCUACGACGCUGCCGUCGGCAUGUCGGCGCUAGUCACGCGUCCCAUCUCUGCUGCUGCGGCGGAGCAGCGCGCUGGUCGCGCGGGUCGAGUUGCGCCCGGCACCGCCUAUCGUUUGUGGAGCGAGCAGGAGCAUCUCCGCCUCGCGCCGCAGACGGAGCCCGAGAUUGCCCAGGCGGACCUUGCUCCGCUCCUGCUGCAGCUGGGUGCGUGGGGUGCCGGUGUGUCGGAUGAGGCGGCGGCAGCGCUGCCGUGGGUGACGCCGCCGCCCGCAGCGUCGCUGGAGCGCGCACGCACGCUGCUCUCUGGGUUGGGGGCGCUUGGAGGCGGUGCUGCCGCCCUCACGCCGCACGGCACCGCCUUGGCGCGGCUGCCUGCCCACCCGCGUCUUGCGCAUGUGCUGCUGCGCGCCGCGGCCGCGGCUUCGGGCGAUGCGGGCGGCGCGGCGUUGGAAGUUGCGAGUGCGGCGGUGGCGGUGGCGGAGCCGGGACCGCAGGCGGCAACCGGGGCGUGGCGGCGCGCAAAGCGGAACGCCCUCGAUUUGGCGGCGCAGGCGGGUCGCGUUGGCCGCACGGUUGGUGUCGGGGGCGGCGGGGAGCAAGGCGGCAGCAGCGGAUUGGCCGUGGCAUUCGCGGCAGAGGCAGCACGGCGAUCGACACCGACGCUGGAGGCACAGGUGGAGACCGUUGGCGCGCUCCUCUCCGGCGGCUACUUUGACCGCAUCGCGCAGCGGCAGCCGGGCAAGGAGAACACCUUCUCGCUCAGCAACGGCCGUGGAGCUUCCUUUGCCGCCGCUGCCGAGCCGCUUGCUUCAGCAGAGUAUCUCGUGUGCGUCUCGCUCGAUGGCGGCGACAAGCGGUCUGCGCGAAUACACUUGGCGGCGCCGCUCUCCCUCUCCGAACUGCGGGCGGCGCUAGGCGGCAGCGCCAUCCGAUGGAGCGACGACAUUUUUGUCGCGCCUUCCGACGGCUCUGUGCGGGCGCGGCGGGUCGAGCGAUUGGGAGCGCUCAUUCUCUCGCAGGAGCCGCUGCCCACGCCGCCGCCCGAGCUGGCGCGGCCGCUGCUGCUGAGCUUGCUACGGGAGCGUGGGCUGCGGCGCGCUCUCUUUGGCGGCGAGGGUGGCGUGACGCACCCGGCGCUCGAGCUUAUUGCGCGCGUGCGGCUGCUACGAGCCCUAGACCCAGAGGGCGGGUGGCCAGUGUGGGACGAGGCGGGGCUGAUGGCUGGCGCCGAGGACCAUGCCGGCUGGCUAGUCCCCGCUCUCGCCACCGCCACAAGCCUCAAGCAGUUGGCCGCCGCCGAUCUGCCGGUUGAGAAUGGAGGCGCCAGCACGGCUCGAGGUGCCGUCUGGGGCUUUGGUGCAGCUAAACUAUUGCUACUCCACUUGCUGACGCCAGCUGGCCGCGCCGCCGCCAUCACGGCGGAUCUGCCCUCGUUUUGGGCGGGGCCGUAUGCGCAGGUGCGCGCAGAGCUGCGAGAUAAGUACAAGCGCCAUCCGUGGCCCGACGACCCAGCGAACGCUGAGCCGACGCGGCUGAGUAAUCGCGCGCUAGCCAAGCAGGCGGCGUCCGGCGGCGGCCGGGCAUCGACGGGGGAGAGCGGCGCGGGCAGCGGCGAAGGCGGUGCGAAGAGGAGGAAGCAGGGCGGUGGGAAAGCGAAAACUGCCCCGAAGCCAAAGAAGGCGGGCAAGCUGCCGGGUGGGAAGCGUGGGCCCUUCAAGAGGCGUUGA